CCCCAACAAAACCAAACCCACAAAAAAACCCAAAUAAAAGCAAACAACCGAAAUGACAACACACACAAGCGAACAAGCACAACACAAAAACACACCCCCAAAAAAACCAAAACAAAACGAAAAACCACCAAACUUCUGGGGUCACAGGGAGGGGGAAAUUCUUCUUUCGCCUCGCCUGUGGCGUCUGCGGAAUCGUCCCGAGGAGGAAGUGGAGGAUCCCACGGCAAGGACCGGAGGAGUGGCCACUGGCUGCGGGGCUGGGGUGGGGCACCGCGGCCUCGGGUAGCCCCGCUCUCCUCAGCCCCACCGCCGAGAACGGGAGGUGCUCUGCCUUCCUACGACAAGAAAGGGCCGAGCCACUCUGCUCCCCGCCCCGGGAGGGGUGAGAACCGCCCUGCCCGGUGCCCGGAGCUCGGCUGGACUGCCCGCGCCGGCCCCUCGCUGCGCUGGAAAGCGGCUCAGCACCGGCGGGCAGGGCUGGGCAAGACCGGACUGGGGAAGAGCGGGUGGCACACCCCCCCCCCCCCCCUUCCUUCCUCCUCCUCUUCCUCCUUCUCCUCUUAACUUGGCGCGGCGGCGGGGGAUGCGCGGACAGCGGCGGGAUGGCCUCGGCCGUGUUUGAAGGCACCUCGCUGGUCAACAUGUACGUGCGGGGCUGCUGGGUGAACGGCAUCCGGCGGCUCAUCAUCAGCCGGCGGGGAGACGAGGAGGAAUUCUACGAGAUCCGCACCGAGUGGUCGGACCGCAACAUCCUCUACUUGCACCGCAGCUACUCCGAUCUCGGCCGCCUUUUCAAGCGGCUUCUCGACUCCUUCCCGGAGGACCGUCCCGAGCUGUCCCGCUCCCCUUUGCUCCAAGGGCUCAUCACAAUAAAAGAAGCCCAUGAUAUAGAGGCCAGGCUUAAUGAAGUGGAAAAGCUUCUGAAGACUAUUAUAAACAUGCCCUGGAAGUAUUCAAGAUCUGAAGUGGUCCUCACAUUCUUUGAGAGAUCUCCUCUGGACCAAGUCCUAAAAAAUGACAAUGUCCAUAAGAUUCAGCCAAGCUUUCAAAGUCCAGUUAAAAUAUCAGAAAUCAUGCGCUCAAAUGGAUUUUGUUUAGCCAACACCGAAACAAUAGUCAUCGACCACAGUAUACCCAACGGAAAAGAGAAGCACCUGGAAGUAGAUUCAGCAGAACACUUGUUUGAAAGCGUCAGUGACUUUACCUCAGAGCUAGAAGACAGCGAUGAUCCAACAGCUUACGUCACCAACUUGACAUACUACCACCUGGUCCCAUUUGAGACUGAUAUUCUGGACUGAGGCUGCUUGGAGAUGCACCCUGCCAGCAUCAAGCUGACCUCUUCAUCUGUAGGCUUUGCUGUCCCCAGCGUUGCAUCUCUGUUGGUAAGGCUGCGGAAGCAAGACCAACAGCAAAGAAGCAGCAGCAGCAAGCACGCCACAAAGCUGCUUUUGUAGCCUGGCUCUCUGGAGUGUGCUGUGGAGACAUCUUGCAAGGAGGCAGCUGCUUUGCUGUUGACAGGAAAUUCGUUUUCAGUGAAAGCAAGGCAACAGAGGCCUCCUGAGGCUCAACGACCUCUCUGCAGUGUCUGUGGGAAUUGCCACCUGGGCACAGCCAUCGGAAAGUUGUGCCAUUGUCCAUUCUCCUUGGCUUUCAGGGCAAGUUCCUUUUCUGGGGUGUCACCAGAAACUUCCUGAGGUGGCAUGACCACAGAUUUUCUGCUGUGUAAGCAAGAAGGCGAGCAAGCCAGCUGCGUUUUGUCAGUUCCCUCUGUGGUUGCUUCAUGAAAUGGUCUUACAGGCCACUUUUUCCUCAGCUACCAGAUGACUGGUGCCUUACACAAGAUAUCACAAAUACCACAGAGUGCCUCCAGGAAAUAGAUGAGCUGAUCACACAGUCACAGAACGACAGGGGAUGCAAGGGACCUCUAGUGAUCAUCUAGUCCAAGCCCCCUGCCAGAGCAGAUCAUGGUGGGGGGGUUAUAUAGUCACAGAAGAGUCAACUCCUCUUUCCUGGAAUAGUGAAGCAGGCAGCAGCAGCUGGCAUUGCAAGGACUGUGUCUGCUGUUUGGGUACUGGUGUGAUUUCAGAGGUCUGGAAAGCUGAUGGGAAAGCUGAGUUGUCCUGCUAAGAAGGAUCAAGGCUAUGGCAGGCACUUGGUUUUUUUUUCACAAUGACCAGCAGAUGUGAAUGGUGCUUACAGUAAUUUACAUCAGAGAUAACUUCCUAUGCAUAUUUCCUCCCCGUGGAUGAGGAGGAAGACAAUUAGAUUUAUGUGGUGUCUGGGAUGAAGAAGAAUGAUAAGCUAAAAUGUGUCUCCAGUGUUAGGAGCAACACCAUCUCUGUGGCCAACAUGGCUCAGGGAGUUUGUCCAGCUUCCAAAGAUCUGCCCAUGGGGCCAGGUGCAGGCUUCCCUGUCAUAUCAUGCCAUGGCUUUCACUGGAGGUAGGACAAUGGGAGUAAGAGCAGGAUUAGACCCUGCAGCCUCUUGACUACUGAGUAGUGCAGCACUAAGAUCUCCUUGGGGUGUCUCUUGCAAAGUGCUCCAAAAUCCCACCUCUCAUUGUGGGUGCUCAACACUCACCAGCAUGACCUUUCAUUGAGCUUUUUGCCAUCUGUUUGCAAACAGGAGUUUGAAGGGACCAAAAAAAAAGGGGAAGUUUUGGACUUGUUUCUUAGUAAAGGGGCUUACUUGGUCCUGAAGAAGCUGAAACAACUCCCUUCUGCAGACUUUUCAUGUCUACCAAUAGAAUAACAGUUAGGUGGAAUUUGCUGAUGUAAAUAAUAAAUUAUUGAGAAUCCUAAUUCUUUUACACAGUAUGUUUUUAAACUAUAUUUUAAUGAAGUAAAAUAAAACCCACCUUCAGACUCAGCUUCAAA